GUCACCCACAGUGGAGGUCGGGGGGAGUGCAUUCCUGGCGGCGGAUGGAGUCCGAUAAUGGGCCCUCAGUUCGCGAUCGGAUAGUUUGUUCCCGUACUCGGUCACCUUUAUCGCGGUGAUGGAGUCUCUGCUGGCCUCUGCCAGCCGCUCCGAGGAUGAGGAUUCCUCCGCCGGACAUAACCGGAGCCUGUCCCAGGGGUCUGGCCUCAUCCCUAAAAGGAGGAGCUCCUCCAGGUUUAUUAAGCGAAAGAAAUUUGAUGACGAGUUGGUUGAGAGCAGUCUUGCUAAGUCCACAAGUCGUGCUCGUGGUCCUAGUGGAAGUGAACAAGGACGUGGUUCAGGCAGUGAGCCUUCAUCCAGUGAGAAGAAGAAGAUUCAUGCCGAUGAUGUAUGGAUGCAAAGUACACUGACCCCAGGCUUGCUUCCCCUUUCUCAGGACAUGUUAAAGGGCAGUGCUUUGAGGACAGGUGUUAGUCAUGUUAGUAAGACUGCAUUAACUCCAGCUCCACACUCUCCUGCACCAAGUCCCAGCAUCACUAAACGCAUCAAGAAAAGCAAACAGCCCAUGCAGGUUACAAAAGACCUUGGAAGAUGGAAGCCUGCUGAUGAUCUGCUACUUAUCAACACAGUGUUACAGACAAAUGAUCUGCAGGCGGUGCACCUUGGAGUCAAGUUUAGCUGUCGCUUCACACUAAAUGAAAUCCAAGAACGCUGGUACGCUUUACUCUAUGAUCCCGUAAUCUCCAAGUUGUCAUGCCAAGCCAUCAGGCAGCUUCACCCAGAGGCCAUUGCUGCGAUCCAGAGCAAAGUAUUGUUCAGCAAAGCUGAGGAGCAGUUAUUGAGCACAGUGAGCUCGACAUCCCAACCUACUCUUGAGACAUUUCAGGAUUUGCUGAGCAAACAUCCAGAAGUAUUCUAUGUAUCCCGUACAGCCAAAUCUCUUCAGGUGCAUUGGCAGCUUAUGAAGCAGUACUAUCUGCUAGAGGACCAGACAGUUCAGCCACUCCCCAAAGGGGACCAGGUUCUUAACUUCUCUGAUGCUGAAGAUAUGCUUGAUGACAGCAAACUCCGAGAUACUAGAGAUGAAGUUCUUGAACAUGAACUGACUGUUGCUGACCGUCGCCAGAAACGUGAGAUUCGUCAGUUGGAACAGGAGCUACAUCGAUGGCAAGUGCUAGUUGACAGCAUCACAGGAAUGAGCUCUCCUGAUUUCGACACUCAAACAUUAGCCGUGUUAAGAGGACGGAUGGUGCGAUACCUGAUGAGAUCCCGAGAGAUCACGCUUGGCAGAGCUACGAAGGACAACCAGAUUGAUGUUGAUCUUUCAUUGGAGGGCCCUGCAUGGAAGAUAUCACGCAAACAAGGAGUGAUCAAACUGAAGAACAACGGAGACUUUUUCAUAGCCAACGAGGGCCGAAGAGCUCUUUAUAUAGAUGGACGACCUGUCCUGUCGGGGAGUAAGUGGAAGCUGAAUCAUAACUCUGUCGUGGAGAUAUCUGGACUCCGUUUUGUGUUCCUUAUCAAUCAGGAACUCAUUGCUUUAAUUAAAGCAGAAGCUGCUAAAAUGAUCCAACAAUGAACAGUAUGACAUCUGGAGGCAUUAAGAGAUGCUUGAGUUGGCGUGGGCAUUUAGAAGCUCUAUUUUAUUUGAGAGACUGUUCCUUGGUCCAACUUGUUUGGAAAAUAGAGAGUGACUUUCAAGACACAGAAGAAAGAACUGCUGUUACCAAGGCAGUGUUUGGAGCACAUUAUUUUUCAGACUGCAAGUAAUGUAUAUCGCAGGGUUUUUUCAGCUUAUAUCUGCCUUCAUUUUGUUACGUACAUAGUUAAGAAAUAUUUGUUUAUUAAAUUAAUUGUGCUUUGUAAACAAAACCACUUGUGAUUUGUCGGUGGAUCAAUUCCAUAAAACCGAGUAGCAACAUUUCCAAAGUGCAGUCAUGAAGAUUAAUUUUUUUUGAUUUUUUUUUUAAAGAAGAAAUACAACCAUUCAAAUGGAAAUUGUUUUAUUUAUCAAAAUAACAAGGUAAGUUUCUUGGACAAAAGCCAGUCAUAGAGAUGCCACCUGCACUUAGUUCCUUGGAGAGAUGCUACCUGCAUGCAUAGUAAGAAACACAUUUUUGUUGCAGGACACACAUUUCCAGGUACAAUAUAUAAAUGCAAUAAAAAUAAUGAAACUGCUGAAGAAAUAAGUGGAUGUGAAUAUGGAAGCAUGUGUUUACCUUGUUUAUGGAUAGGAGUCUGCCCCUUUCCUGAUUUUUCAGUUGGAGCAAAUUGUUCAAAAAUCCGGACCCUAUUCUGUAGGCCCCCUCGCUCUCUCCCCCCAGUAAUUUGUAGUAUCUAAACAUUAUAACCCCAUGUACACUAAAUUAAUAUUGACUAAUUUUAAACUAUUCAUGCAAUAACGUGCUAAAUGUAACAAAUGUCAAAAUGUCUCUCGUGCAUUUGUUUUUAAUAAAUUUCUCAGUGCUUAUAUAUAGGUUUCCACACUAAAAACUACAACAUAAAAGUGCAUGAUCUUUUUACACCAUGCAGCCAGUUUAUUAAAAAAAAAAAUCAUCCCAACAUGAAGUAAAUUAUUACAAAUCAUGACUCUUCUAGUCAAUCAGCGUUACACCACCAUGCAGGUGAUCCUUCAAGUACAUUAUAGUAAAGAAAUCAACCCAAUUGAACACACUGCUUAGUGUCACGGUGAGCUUAGCUUACUUGCAUCUAGAGAAAAGAAUGCAUUAAUGUUCUGCUGCAGAUAAAGGGAUCCCACAAAACAUAAUUAAUUGCUCCAAUCAGUGACCUAUCCCUAGGAAUGCUGAAAAAGUGCACUGGGCAUGCUAACAGAUCUCUUCACCUUGCAAAAUCCAGACUGGGAAAAGAGUCUGAUCAGUGUGAUUACACAGAGCAGGCUCUGUUGUUUGGAUUCUAUCUCCUUCUGCUACACAAUGAUGCCCUGUUUCUGUCAUUAGUGGAAUACUCAAAGUGAGGUGGGUUGAAGAAACUCUUAGCAGAGAGGCAUGCCCAAUAAUGUAAUCUGGUCAAGUUUAUAAACGUAUUACAUACUUUU